GUGAAUGCAGGUGUAGUAAUCUGGUAUAAGAUGACAAUGUUUACACGUACACUUUAGUCUGUGUUUAGUCUCUAUAGACUGGCUCUUAACAACCAUUGUUUAUAGCAACCAAGACUAUCAAGGGAUAUGUGAAAAGGGAAGAGAGACAUGCUAGGAGGCCAAGAGACGUGCUGGGACAGUGGGGGGCAAGCAGCAGCACAAAAAGGAUAGUUACAUCACAAAACAGCAAGGCAUAAAGGUAAUCAGUACAUGAAAAUCACCUCCAGUAAUAAGAGUGACUGAGAAGGCGUAAGGACAACGACAGAGAUUCUAACGUAUUUAUUUCAUAAAGGUGCAGUCACUAUUUGGUGAAGAAGGGAUAUUUUAGAGUUGCAAGUGAAUAAACAUCAACUGCAAGAAAAAACAGGAAGAUGCCAAAAGCCAAAAAAGGUCCUAAGGGCAAAAAAAUCAACCUGAAAACAGCAAAAAACUGCAUCAAAGUUACUUAUGAUGGCAAGCGUAGACUGGAUCUUUCCAAAAUGGGAAUUGCAGCAAUGCCAAAGUGCAUUUUAAAGCUUUGCGAUGUGGAGGAGCUAGACCUGAGCCGAAAUCUGAUCCGGAAGAUACCAGAUUGGAUCCAGCGCUUCCAGAAUCUGCGCUGGUUAGAUCUUCACAGCAAUGAAAUUGAAAAGCUCCCAGAGUCCAUUGGCCAGCUACAAUCUCUGAUGCACCUCAAUGUCUGCAACAAUAAGUUGACUACAAAGGGCAUUCCAACAGAGCUCAGCAACUUGAAGAAUCUCCGACAACUUAAUUUAGGGCUUAAUGGUAUCGACAUUGUCCCUUCCACUAUUGGGGCACUGAAGGAGCUGAAUGAAGUGGGGUUGUUUGAUAAUCAAAUUUCUGCUGUGCCCAACAGUGUUCUCAAUUUGCCUAAACUUAAGAAGUUGAAUACAAAGAGAAAUCCAAUACCACCAUCAGAGGUGGAAAUAAAAGCCAAGGAGCAGGAAGCUAUUCAUACAGUUGAAGCACUUCACCUUGUCAAUGAGAAUGAUCUAUGCAGUGAAUGUUCAUCCAAGUGCCAGCAGGAGAGGUGUAGGAUGACCAAACUGAGGAGCAUAGCUAUUCCCGCAUGGAAAAGACAUCUUGUUGGUGACAUAUUAACACCAAAUUCAACAGCUAAAAAAGUUUAAUGUUACCAACAGUAUUUAAAAGUAAAAAUUAAAGGAAUACUCUGGGCACCAAAUCCCCUUAAUAAAUAUAAAGUGGUUAUGGAGCUUGGAGUACCCUGGUGCUGUCUUACCUUCCAGUGUUAAACCGGUUUCUAACUAGUGUCCCCAGGCUCCUGUCAUGCUACCUCUCCUCAGGUGAUCAACUAAUAUGAAGAAUUCACUCGAGUUGUAAUGGGGGGAGGGGGUAGUGACAACAUGAUAACGUCAGAUGACUGACGCUGCCAGUAACAGACCGUCAGUGGAUGCUCUCACUCUAUCCCUUCUGCCCCUCUGUGGCUUCAGUAAUUGCAUGUGCAUUAGCUGAGCAUUAGAGGAAAGGCAGUCUGACAAGCACCUGGGGACACUACUUCUGUGUUAAACUGUUGGAAAACAGUUUAACUUUGGAAGGUAAGGCAGUACCAGGGAAUUUCGGGCACCAUAACCACUUUGUUGGUAUGAAGUGUUUAUGGUGUCUGGAGUGUUCCUUUAAACAAUUUACAUGCCCAGAGUGUUUUUUUAGUUUACCUGUAGGUGUGAUAUGCUGAACAAAUUGCAUUGUAGACUUGGGCUGGUAAUAGAAAUUGUAAACUGCAUUAAAAGCAAGGCUACUCA